UUAUACCUUAUCUGUGGCAAUGUAUGGUUUGUACGUGUGUUUUAUUUAUUUAACCUAACAUUAUUUUCUUGAUGAUUUUCUUGUUAAUUGAAUUAAUCUAUAAAGAAGCUAUGUUGACUUUAUGAACCGGUCUAAAACAUUAAUGUUACAAAGAAAUUUAAGCAAUUGGGACAAUAUAUCUAUGUAGUUUGCGGCAUUUUGUUGAAGUGAAAAUAUAGGUAGUAGUCGGCUUAAAACAGCACAAUGGACGACGACGAAGUAGCAGUCCCUGAAGAAGAAAUAGAAGUACUUUAUUUUGACGACGAAGAUGAAGAAGAAAGUAAUGAUGUAAUUGAAGAAGAUGUGGAUGAAUUUGAAAAUAUACCUUUUGAAGAGCCUGAAGAAUUUCAAACAGAAGUAGUUGAUUUAUCAAAAUAUACAUUUACUAGACAUGGGCAAUCCGUAUUUAGUAGUUCUUUAAGUAAAGAUGGUAAAAUUGCUGUAACUGGUGGCGAGGAUGAUUCAGCUUUUGUGUGGAUAUUGGAAACAGGAGAUGUUAUCAUAGAAUGUACUGGCCAUAAAGAUUCUGUAACUGAAGUUUUGUUUAAUCAUGAUGAUCAGUAUGUGGCCACUGGUGAUAUGGGUGGUUUAAUACAGGUUUGGAGCAUUAUCGAAAAGAAAUUGAUUUGGUGCUAUGAAGUAGACGAUUUGGAAUGGUUAUUGUGGCAUCCAAUAUCUAAUGUACUUUUUUGUGGUACAAAGUCAGGAGAUAUUUAUCUUUGGCAAGUACCAUCUGGUACUUGCAAAAUUUUGCCAUCCCAUGGGGUAGCCUCAACUUGUGCUAAGUUAUUACCUGAUGGUAAACGUCUUAUAUCCGGUUAUUCAGAUGGUAAACUAAAACUAUGGGAUAUAAAAACGGUUUCAAGCGAGUGGCAACUCAGCGACAUAUCUGACGCACCUUUAACAUCUUUAAGUCUCUCCAGUGAUGGUAAUGUUUGUGCUAUAGCCCCCUCAGGACAGGUCAUAAAAUUACAAGAUGGGCGCAUCAUCGGUUCUAUUUUACCAGACAAAGAAAAAGAUAUUGAAGCAGUCGAAUUUAAUAACAAAUUAGGACUUAUCGCAACUGGAUCGUUAUCAGGUCGAUUGUGUGUGUGGGACAUAGGAAAAUAUACUUUGAGACAUGAAGCCAGAAUAGAAUCCUCUGUCACUAUAAUGAAAUGGACUGUUACUGAUAAAGUGUUGGUGGGUGCAGCCGAUGGUGCUAUUUAUGUAUGUGAUGGGAAAUUAGGAACUCUUGUGGAAACCUUGACGGGACACACUGCUGCCAUACUAAGUCUCAGCAUCUCGGAAGAUGGGUCUACUGUCCUAACUACUUCUGAUGAUGGUACAGCAAAAAUUUUUAACAUUCGAACCGGUUAAAAACUAUUAUGCACAUUAAGAUUUUAUCUAUGAAUUUAUUUUUAUGUUUUAAUUAACAAUAUCAGCUUUAACUUGUACAGAUGGCGGUAAGUCAUUAUUUUAAAAUAAUAGACUCAUAUAUUCACACUAUUAGACUAUAAACAAAAUAAAUAAAUAAAGAGACACAAUCAUGAUACUUGAUUUAAAUUUCUCUUUGUUUAUAUAUUUUGCUUCUUAUCUUUUUGGCUUCUGUUUCAGUUAAUAAUUAUUAUUUAAUAUUCAAUAAUCUGAAUAAUUUAAUUUUGUAUUAGAGCUUAGAGCUUUAUGCCCGUUUAAGNAGUUUAGAAAUAAAUAAAUUAAUAUAAUAUCUUGUUAGAAA